GUGGCGCUGUGAUGUGGAGGCAAAGGCAGUCGUAGCAGAGGCCUCGCAUCUUCCAGUUCGAGGUGCCCCGAUUGUCGGGGAGAGUCCCUUGUCGUAUCGACUUUUGUCAUCGUCUUGGAGCCGGUCUAGUUAUUUUAAGAAGAUCCUUUAAUUUCACAUUCUUCUUCCUGGGGAGUGCGGUGGUGGUGGAGAUUCCCCACUGUCGGGAUAAAGAUGUCGCGGAGCCUGUGGAUGGGCGAUUUGGAAAACUACAUGGAUGAAAAUUUUAUCUCAAGAGCAUUUGCCACAAUGGGUGAAACUGUAAUAAGUGUAAAGAUUAUUCGUAAUCGAGUGACUGGGACGCCAGCAGGUUACUGCUUUGUUGAGUUCACAGACCAGGCUGCUGCAGAGCGAUGUCUACUUAAGAUUAAUGGGAAAAAACUUCCAGGUGCUUCACCUCAGCCCAGAAGAUUUAAGCUUAACUAUGCCACUUAUGGAAAGCAGCCAGAUAACAGUCCUGAAUAUUCCCUGUUUGUUGGAGACUUAACGCCAGAAGUGGACGACGGGAUGCUUUACGAAUUUUUUGUUGAGAAGUACCCCACGUGUAGAGGAGGAAAAGUGGUUUUGGACAAUCUGGGAAACUCCAAAGGUUAUGGCUUUGUGAAGUUCUCAGAUGAAGCUGAACAGAAAAGAGCACUUUCUGAGUGUCAAGGUGCAAUUGGUGUCGGAGGGAAAGCUUUGAGGCUGAGUGUGGCAAUACCAAAAACCAAUCGUGUAGUGAAGCCACCAGACUACAGUCAGACAUACACCUACAGCUACAACCAGUAUUACCAGCCGUACCAGAACUACUAUACUCAGUGGGGGUAUGAUCAGUACACUGGUAGCUACAGCUACAGCUACCAACAAUAUGGCUAUACACAAAGUACUAUGCAGAAUUAUGAAGAAGUAGGAGAUGACGCUUUGGAAGAUCCAGUUCCUCACUUGGAUAUCGAAGAAGCAAAUGCACAGUUCAUGGAACAGAGUGAGGAGUUCUAUGAUGCCCUCAUGAAUUGCCAUUGGCAGCCAUUGGACAGUGUUGCGUCUGACAUCCCUGCUUCGGCCAUAGCCUAGCAAAUUAAUAUUGCUACUGCAAAGCCAUAAAGUAUCUAAGUGAUCAGUGCAUCAUGGGACUUUUUAUUAGUCCCUUGGUUCUCAAGGUUUUCUGGUUCCAGCAGAAUUCUUGUUUAAUAUGGUUUGGUAUGACUGAUUAAUAAAUACUUCAUCUUCUUGUUCUUGGUUUACGGAAAGUUUGAAGCAAAAUGGUGAUUUGAGAAGAAAUCUUCUUCAGAAGAAAUUUUUUUAAGAAAGAUCGAACUUAUUCCCAAAAUGUUAACGUUUGGACUAUCCAAAUAAUUCAUUCACAGUUCAUGAGUGUUUUAAAAUGUAAUUGCUUCUCUGGCUACCAUACUUCUGUAUACAAUGUACAGAGUAGUCUCUCAACCAAGGGGUUCUGCUGACUCUUUCGACCCCAACAGGUUCAUAAACAUCGUGUAAAUCUCAACACUGCUAAGUGCCUUAUAACUCAUUUCUUUGCAUCUCUUGUUACUUUAAUGCAAUUUUGAGUUUUAGGGAUUAAGUGUUCAAAUAUCCACUGACACCAAACACGAAGGUUUCUUGCGCAUGGAUCUGGAUUAAUUUUUUUCAUGAAAAUUGUGAAAUUUUUCAAGUAAUUUUGUCAGUUUGAUGAUUUCUGGUUUUUAAUCACCUGAUUCUGUACCAGUUUACUCAUUGCAUUUAGUUAUUUGUGUGUGUGUGUAUGUACAUAUAAGUCAAGAAAUUUUGAUAUUGCUGAAUAUCUACAGUCUAUGUUUAUCAAAAUUUAACCCUCAGCCAGCUGAAAAAAACAUUACUGAUCCUGUAGCUUUUUUGGGUUUGGUUGUAUUUUAGGAUUAUCAAAAUAGUGGACAAAAUGGAGGUUAUGAUCAUAGUGUAGGAUGUUGGUGAAGUUUUUACUUAACAUCCACCUCCAACCCAAGCUUUUGAAUUUAUGAACAUGGAUAAGCUACAGGGUUUCAUUUGUUUCUGAUUUUCAGAAAUGCAUUUGGCAGACUGCAUUUUUACUUGGAAAGAAAGUUAAAUUACCCUGGCUAGAGUUUAAUGAUUACAGUGAAGAGAGUAUGUAAAACUUGUUUUUAAAAUGCCACUAAUUCUGCUGCUGUAUCCCUCACUGUCUCAGUUCCAGGUGUUCUUUUUUCAGCAUAGUUUGAAUGUCAUAGUUGCACCAUUCAAAAGUAUUACUGAGUUACAAAGUAUGCAGUGGGGCUCCAGUUCUGUAAGUUAAUGAAGGGGCACAAUACAUUGGGAAAUUAUUUGUUAGAAGUAAAGUCAUUGAAUGCCUAUUUAAAGUCACUAAGUUCUGCUCGCAAAUGUUGACAUUUUAAUUUUUCCAGUUGUACUUUUAUCGAAAUUCUGAUUUUAUCAUACUCAUGAGCCUGUAAAAACGAAUUUAUUUUGUAAACUAAAA